AUGGAUGAUUUAAACAACAAUGAUUUUUACAACGACGGUUCUUAUUCUGCCCUUUCACUUCCCAGACCUUCUAUGCGAUUGGAUUCAGAUUCAACUAUCACAUCUGAAACUAUAAUGGCAGUACAGCAAUUUUCUCCUGUUUUAAUUAAAUGUGUAGUAUAUGGAUCCGAUUAUGAUAUUAGUUUGGAUGAAGAGGAUCAUGAAACACACGAAGAAAUUGGUAAAGCACUAGUUAAAGUUUCAAGUUCAAUAAAAUAUUUUAUUCUUAACGGACAAUCAUUACGCUCGUCACCAGGAACAAUUGAAGUUUGGUAG